GCUGGCUGAGCAGUAUAAAGAGCAGAGCUGGAUAACUAUGUCCGACCUGGAGAGAGAGUUGCAACAGAUGGAGGCACAAUAUGAAAGGGAAUUUGGAGACGGAUCAGGUGAUAAAGAUGAAUUAGAAGAAGAGGCGACCCAACUCACGGAAGACAAACUGAAUGCUGAGACUGAAGAAGCUGAAUUUGUUGAUGAUCUGUACUGCCCCGCUUGUGACAAAGUCUUAAAAACUGAGAAAGCCAUGAAGAAUCACGAAAAAUCAAAGAAGCAUCGAGAGAUGGUAGCACUGUUACGACAGCAACUGGAAGAAGAAGAAGGGAAAUUUCCUGUGUCUUUGGAUGAUGCAGACGGAAUACAUAUCAAAGAGGAGGAAGAAACAGAAGACAUGCCCAAACUCUCGAAGAAGCAGAGGAAGAAACAGAAAACAAUGAUG